CCUCCAUCGACGAAAAACAACUUUGUUUUUAAGGCAGACGUUACCAUUUAGCAUUAGUGAAGCUCGCUACAAGACAUGUUGAAAGAGUUGGUGAAAGAGCGACUAAUGGCGGCAGCUGAUGAAAUAUUCGCGCUGUUUGAACGAACCAUUGCGUCGUACGAGGAGGAACUUUCUCGAACGAGAGAAGAGAAGGAGCGACAUCGACAACAACUGGAAGCUGCUCGCAAAACUCAAAUUGUGCUACACGUUGAAGACGUUCAGCAGCUGAGUGGUCAUCGGGAAGAACAACCUGCUAAUAAGCCACAGGAGGUAAACCCCACUUUGAAGCAGGAGGAUCCACAGCCCCCCGACUUUAAAGAAGAAGAAGAAAGAGAAGUCUGGAUCAGUCAGUCAGGAGAAGAGUGUCUUCCCAGGCCGCAGGAGCCUGAUCUCACCCAGUUGCCUCUGACUGGUGUCUCUGUGAAGACUGAAGACCAUGAAGACAAACCACAAGUUGACAACCUCUUUGCUCCUCUAUCAGAUAGUGACGACAUGACAUCACAAUCUACUGAAGAUGGAGACAAGGACUACACCCAAGAACCUUUGAGCAGCGAUACGGACUGUGAAGGUGAUGUGAGGACUCACACUGACAACCCACACCCUGAAUGCUCCGACGACAAGACAGGUUUUACCUGCUCAUUUUGUGCCAAACAUUUUUGUAGUAAAAGGGAUUAUGUUCGACACACAGGAACACACACAGGAGAAAAGCCUUUCAGUUGCUCCGUCUGCGGUAAAAAAUUCAUUCAAAACACAAAUCUAGAAUCACACAUGAGAACGCACACAGGAGAAAAACCUUUCAGUUGCUCAGUCUGCGGCAAAAGAUUCAAUCAGAAAGUAAACAUGAUGACGCACAUGAGAACGCACACGGGGGAAAAGCCCUUCAGUUGCUCCAUUUGCUGCAAUGCGUUUUCCCAGAGGGCCACGUUGACGGCGCACAUGAGAACACACACCGGAGAAAAACCUUUUCUAUGUCCAAUUUGCGGUAAUACAUUUUCUCAGAGGGCCAGCAUAAAAAAACACAUGACAACAGUCUGUGGUAAAAGAUUCAGUCAGAGCGUGAAUAUGACAACACACACAGGAGGGAAACCUUGUAGUUGCUAAGUCUGUGGUAAACAUACGAAUAGGUCAUCAAGUGGGAGAUGUGUGAUGUUGGUUGAGGACAACAUGAACAGGGUUUUCCCUCACAUCAAAAAGUAAUAUGUGUUUGUAUGAAGUCUAAUACAUUAAACAUUCGGCAGUAUUUGCUUUGUUGUUUUAUCGGUUUCAUCGCAGGUAGUUUCACUCAAAUACAGAAAGUACAUUGUACACUUAAUACAAAACCCAAAACCAGUGAAGUUGGCACGUUGUGUAAAUGGUAAAUAAAAACAGAAUACAAUGAUUUGCAAAUCCUUUUCAACUUAUAUUCAAUUGAAUAGACUGCAAAGACAAUAUACUUAAUGUUCAAACUGAGAAACUUAGAAUUACAAUUUAAUGGCAGCAACACGUUGCAAAAAAGUUGGUACAGGGGUAUUUUUACCACUGUAUUACACGGCCUUUCCUUUUAACAACUCUCAGUAAACGUUUGGGAACUGAGGAGACACAUUUUUGAAGUGGAAUUAUUUCCCAUUCUUGCUUGAUGUACAGCUUAAGUUGUUCAACAGUCCGGGGGUCUCCGUUGUGGUAUUUUAGGCUUCAUAAUGCGCCACACAUUUUCAAUGGGAGACAGGUCUGAACUACAGGCAGGCCAGUCUAGUACCCGCACUCUUUUACUAUGAAGCCACGGUCUUGUAACACGUGGCUUGGCAUUGUCUUGCUGAAAUAAGCAGGGGCGUCCAUGAUAACGUUGCUUGGAUGGCAACAUAUGUUGCUCCAAAACCUGUAUGUACCUUUCAGAAUUAAUGGUGCCUUCACAGAUGUGUAAGUUACCCAUUGUCAUGAUCCGUGGUCCGGAUCAUGUUUUGUGUUAUCGGUUUGUUUUGGACUCCUUUUAGUUCCUGUUUAUGCACUUCCUGAGUUUUGUCACCAUGGUUACUUAUGAUUUUCACCUGCUUUUUACGCUCAUCAGAGACUACUAUUUAAGCCUGCCUUUUCCGGUCACUCGUCGUGGCUUCAUUAUUUGCUUCCCACUACUGUCCCGUGAGAUUUCGAGUUCAUGAUUCCUGUGCUAAGCGAUUCUUUAGCUUCUAGUGUUCCUGUGCUAAGUAAGUUACCUUAGCUUCCCGUGCGAUCGGCACGCACCCCUUUUGUUUUGUUUUUGUCUGUUUGUAUCCAUUUAUGAUUUAUGAUAAAUAAAUCAUCUCCUACCUGCA